UUAUAUCCUCUCUUUCAACUCCUUAUAUUUAAAAACCCUUAACCUGUUAGGCAUUUCUCAUGGAAGCACAAAAAACUCUAACUUCUUUCUCUAACAUGGCAACCAAUAAUACUUCCUUCUUCAAGUAUCUUCAGUCUCUCUCUCAAACCCCUCAGAGGCUUAAAAAGAGAAUGCUAGCUACUUGGACUCCAGACCAAGAACUUAACCAAGUAAGGCUCAGGUCUGGUGCAGAUAUGAAGAGAAAACUCAAGUGGCAUGACUUGAUUGCUCUCGGUAUAGGAGGCAUGCUUGGUGUUGGAGUCUUUGUCACUACUGGCCCUGUGGCACAUGAAGUCUCUGGCCCUGCAGUUUUCAUAUCUUAUAUUAUUGCUGGCAUAUCAGCUCUUCUUUCGUCUUUAUGUUACACUGAAUUUUCUGUUCAGAUUCCGGUUGCCGGUGGGGCCUUUAGUUAUCUGAGAGUGACUUUUGGAGAGUUCACAGGCUAUUUUGCUGGAGCAAACAUACUAAUGGAAUAUGUAUUAUCAAAUGCUGCGGUUGCAAGAAGUUUCACAGAAUAUCUCUGCCAUGCUGUGGGAGAGAAUGAUCCAAAGUCAUGGAGAGUUCAAGUGAAUGGAUUGGUAGAGGGUUAUGAUCAGUUGGAUUUCCCAGCUGUUGCUCUUAUUCUUCUUCUCACUCUCUGCCUUUGCUAUAGUACAAAGGAAAGCUCAAUACUGAACCUAAUAAUGACAGUCUUCCAUGUCAUUUUCUUUGGAUUUAUCAUAAUUGCUGGUCUCUCCAAUGGGAGUGCCAAGAACUUGAUCAAGCCAGGAGGGAUUGCUCCUUUUGGUGUUAAAGGUGUAAUUAAUGGAGCAGCUGUGGUAUACUUCAGCUUUAUUGGAUACGACUCCGUUUCAACUAUGGCAGAAGAGAUCCAAAAUCCUUCAAGAAGCCUUCCAGUGGGCAUUUUGGGUUCUCUUCUAAUAGUCUGUGUGCUAUAUUGCCUCAUGGCCUUAUCUUUGUGUAUGAUGGUGCCUUAUAAUAUGAUACAAUCGAACGCAUCAUUUUCGACGGUUUUCGCAAAUGUUGGGUGGAAGUGGGCAAGCAAUGUGGUUGGAGCAGGAGCAAGUUUGGGCAUCGUGGCUUCUCUCUUGGUUGCCAUGUUAGGCCAAGCAAGAUACCUUUGUGUCAUUUCAAGGGCUAGGCUUGUGCCUUCUUGGUUGGCUAAGGUGCAUCCCACCACAGGCACCCCCUUGAACGCUACACUCUUCUUGGGUUUCUGCACAGCUUCAAUUGCACUCUUCACUGACCUCAACAUAGUCAUUGAAAUGAUAUCAAUCAGCACAUUAUUGGUGUUCUACAUGGUGGCCAAUGCUCUCAUCUACCGGAGAUACGUAAUCAUUAGCCAUAAUCCUCCUUCUCAUACUCUCUUGUUCCUGUUCCUCCUUUCAUCUAGUGCAAUUGGCUUCUCUAUUUCAUGGAAACUUGAAGAACAAAAAUGGGGUUUGUCACUAUUUGGUCUAGUUAUAGUUGUCCUUACAGCUUUCUUUCAAUACAUGGUACCUUCCAUAAGCCAACCAAAUGAAGAAUGGUCAGUGCCAUUCAUGCCAUGGCCAGCUGCAGCCUCAAUAUUCCUUAACGUCUUUCUUAUGACCACAUUAAAGCUGCUCUCUUUCCAAAGAUUUGCUGUAUGGACAUGUCUGAUAACUUUGUUUUAUGUGUUAUAUGGUGUACAUUCAACUUAUCAAGCAGAAGAGAUGGAAGUGGGUGUUGGUGACAUGCAACAACACCCAUCAAUCCAACAAAGUAAGCUAGAUAUUCAAGUCCUAUAGUAACAAAACUACUCUAUUUGCCCUAUCUUUUAUCCUUUCUCAUCUUUCUUUAAUUUAAGAAUCCUUUUCUUGGAUAUGGAGAAAAUAAACAAUAAAUGAUAAGAUAAAAGGGUCAAGUAAAACAAAGCAAGAGAAAGAGAAAUUAAGAGAGAGAGAUGAAGUUCCUAUGGGGCAUUUGGUCAAUAGUUAAAGAGUUGAUUGUUUAUUUGUUAGUAUAAAAUGUUAACAAUAAGCCCCCAGUCUUGUAUAAAGAAAUUUCUAUGUAAAAGAAAGAGAGAUUUUCUA